CAAGUUUUGAUAUGUAGCAUCUCCACUAUAGUUUCCUUCUAAUGUUUUCUAAUUGCAGUUGCAGUGUUCACUCUUACCUCUGGGUUAUUUAGAUAUGAGAUUUUGAUUUCCCAAAACGUUGACAUUUUUGUUUUUGAUUUCUAAAUUGCGGUCAGAGGCUGUCACCUGAGUGAUCAUUACAUGGAGGAAUGAUGCUUUUAAGUUCAACACAUAUCUCCAAAUUAGUUUUCAAAACUUUUGUAAAAUUGGAUCUCCCACCAGCAACAUAUAAAAAGGCUUCUACCAAAAUCCUCUUCCACACUGAAUUUCUUUUUUUUUUUUUUUUUUUUUUUUGAGACAGAGUCUUGCCCUGUCGCCAGGCGCCAGGCUGGAGUGCAGUGGUGCAAUCUUGGCUCACUGCAAUCUCCGCCUCCUGAAUUCAAGCAAUUCUCCUGCCUCAGACUCCCAAGUAGCUGGGACUAUAGGCGCGUGCCACCAUGCCCAGCUAAUUUUUUUGUAUUUUUUAAUAGAGACGGGGUUUCACCAUGUUGGCCAGGAUGGUCUGGAUCUCUUGACCUUGUGAUCCACACGCCUCGGCCUCCCAAAGUCCUAGGAUUACAGGCGUGACCCACCGCGCCCAGCCUUUUUUUAAAAAAUUUCUGAGAUGAUGUCUUGCUCUGUCACCAGGCUGGAGUGCAGUGGUUCUAUCUCAACUCUCUGCAACCUGUGUCUCCCGGAUCAAGUGAUUCUCCUGCCUCAGCCUUCCGAGUAGCUGGGACUAUAGGCAUGCACCACCACACUCAGCUAAUUUUUUUGUAUUUUUUAGUAAUGACGGGUUUCACCAUGUUGAAAUGUAUUUUUUAGUAAUGACGGGUUUCACCUCGAUGUCUUGACCUUGUGAGAUUUUUUUUUUUAAUUUUCCCCAUUCUUAGGGCCAAACACAAGGGUAUCUAGUUUACCUUGAUGUGCAUUUUCCUGACAACUAGUGGUUGGACAUUAUUUCAUACUUUUUGGCCAUUGAAAUAUAUAUUUAAAUGUCUUCAUAUUCUUUGCUCUUUUUUUCCUUUAGGUGGUUUUUCCUUCUUACUAAGUUGUGAAUAUUAACCUGUAUUGUAACUAUAUUUCCUCGAUCUCUUUAUUUUGACUUUUGAAAGUUGUCUUUACAUUUGAUUUUUUAAAAAAUUAUCUAUUAAGAUAUAUCUGCCUUUUUCCUUUACAGGUUCUGAGUGUCUUGUCUUGCCUAGUGACUUCUCCCCAUUUCGUGUUCAAACAAAUAUGCCUUAAGUUUAUUUUUAAUAUAUUUAUUGUUCCAAUUUUUUAAGUGAAAUUUUAAUCUAACUGGAAUUUACUUUGGUGUAUGGUAUGAGAUGGAAACAGUUCGUAUAUUCCAUUUGGAUAGCUAAUUUGCCAGCACCAGUCGUUAAAUGAAUACCCCUUCUAAUUCAAUUAAAUGUCACUUUUGUCACAUAAGUUCCCAAAUGUGUAUUGUUUUAUUUCUGAACUCUGUCUAAUUCUUCCAAUAUAUGUAUCUACUCCUUUUUAAAAAAAUCAUAUUGCCUUUAGAAAUAAUAUUUUAGUACUGCGAGUGAGUCCUGACCUUCCUAAAGAAGAAAGAAAUGGUUUGACUAGCCCCCUCACUUUCUUUUUGGUUGCUUUCAUUCAUUUUCUUGUGUGUUUAUUCUUCCGUACGAAUGUUAAAACUAUUUUAUCUAGUUUCACAAAUAGCCAUUAAAACUAUGCUAUUUGAUAGUUUUCCUAUGGAUCUAGCACCUUUAUUUAUUUUAUUUUAUUUCUUUAAUUUUUAUUUUUGGGACAGAGUCUUGCUGUGUCAUCCAGGCUGAAGUGCAGUGGCACUAACUCCACUCACUGCAAGCUCCACCUCCCAGGUUCAAGUGAUUCUCCUGCCUCAGCCUCCCAAGUAGCUGGGACUACAGGCUCCCACCACCACACCCAGCUAAUUUUGGUAUUUUUAGUAGAGAUGGGGUUUCACCAUGUUGGCCAGGCUGGUCUUGAACUCCUAACCUCAAGUGAUCCACCUGCCUCAGCCUCCCAAAGUGCUGGGAUUAUAGGCGUGAACCACUGUGCCCAGUCUUCUGUGUUUAACAUUUUGAAGAAUUGCCAAACUGUUUUCCAAAACGGCUGCAUCACUUUAUAUCCCGACAGCAAUGUAUGAGGGUUCCAGUUGAUCACAUCCUUGCUAACGCUUAUUGUCUUUUUAAUUCUAGCCUUCCUAGUAAGUGUGAAGUGGUAUCCUGUGGUUUUGAUUUCUAUUUCUCUAGUGGCCACUGAUGUUGAGCAUCUUUUCCUGUACUUAUUGGCCAUUUGUAUAUCUUUGAAGAAAUAUCUAUUCAAAUCCUUGGCCUAUUUUUAAAUUGAAUUGUCUUUGUAAUAUCAAGUUGUGUAGAUAAUCUGGGUACAGGUCCCUUGUCACAAAUGUGAUUUGCAUGUAUUUCCCUCAUUCUGUGCAGGUGUUUUUGUUUUUGUUUCCUGAGUUGGAGUCUCCCUCUGUUGCCCAGGCUGCAGUGCAGUGGUGUUGUCUCGGCUCACUGCAACCUCCGACUCCCGGGUUCAAGCGAUUCUUCUGCCUCAGCCUCCCAAGUAGCUGGUUUUAUAGGCACUCGCCACCACAUUCAGCUAAUUUUUGUAUUUUUAGUAGAGACAGGGUUUUGCCAUUUCAGCCAGGCUGCUCUCGAACUUCUGGCCUCAAGUGAUCCACCUGCCUCCACCUCCCAAAGGGCUGGGAUUACAGGCAUGAGCCACCGUACCCAGCCUCUAUGUCUUUUCACUUUCCUGAUGGUGUUCUUAUAGUUUUCACAUGUUCCUAUCUUGAUUUGUAUUUUUCUUAGGAAUGGUUCUUGAAUUAUGUCAGAUGCCUUUUUGAUGGAAUAGCCUAAUGGUGUUACUUUCCUAAAUUGGUUGUUGUAAUGAAUGAUAUUGAUAUAUAAUGCAGAUCCAUCCUUGCCUUCCUGGGAUAAUUCUGUUGGUCAAGGGCAAUUUUUCUUAUGAGUCAUGGUCAGAUUUGAGUUACUAAUGUAUUUGUUUCUUUUUCCUCAACUCUGUGUCCCCUCAUUCACAAUUCAGACCAGGCAUAGGGCCUGGGCAGAGGUGUAUAUAAGGUGGGUCUCCUCUUUCUGUACAGUCAGUGUAAGAACAGAGAAGGCAGGCCCACUUCUUUUUCUGUAUAGUCAGUGUAAGCACACAGCCUGUGAUAAGCACCAGGAAGCCUGAGUUAGUAAUAUUUUAUUUAGAAUUUUUGCCACUAUAGAAAGUUUGCUUAUAGUUUUCUUGUUUUUGUAUAUUUAACAAGUGUUGGUAUUAAGGUUAUGCCAGUUGUUAAAAGAAAAUCAGGACAUUUCCUUUUUUUUUAUGAGACAGAGUCUCACUCUGUCACUAGGCUAGAGUGCCGUGGUGCAAUCUCAGCUCCCUGCACCCUCCACCUCCUGAGUAGCUGGAAUUACAGGCAUGCACUCCCAUGCCCAGCUAAUUUUUGUAUUUUUAGUAGAGAUGGGGUUUCACCAUGUUGACCAGGAUGGUCUCCAUCUCUUGACCUCGUGAUCCACCCUCCAGCCUCCCAAAGUGUGGGAUUACAGGCGUGAGCCACCAUGCCCUGCACCAUUUUUUAAUGUGUUAAAAUAGUAUAGACAUUCUCUGAAGUUCAACUAUAUACACACUUAUAGCUGAUGCCUUUUUUUAAACAGCAAAUUUUAGGUAUAUUAUUUUCUCUGAUUAUUGCUCUACAGAUUUCUGGUUGGGAGGAUUGAUUUUGGUAGUUUAUGUUUGCUAGGGUCUAAGACUGUGCAUGUUUGUGACGUGUGUGUGUGUGUGUGUGUGUGUGUGUGUGUGUGUGUAUACAUAUGUAUAUAUUUUUUUCCUUUCUCUUUUACCUUGAUCGGGUUUCUCAUGAAUAUUUUGUUGUCCUCUUUUAAUUUCUUUUUUUUUUUUGAGACAGGGUCUCCCUCUGACAUCCAGGCUGGAGUGCAGUGGUGCCAUCUCGGCCCACUGCAGCCUGUACCUCCUGGGCUCAAGCAAUCCGGCUAAUUUUUGUUGUCGUUGUUGUUGUCUGUUUGUUUUUUGAGAUGGAGUCAUGUUCUGUUGCCCAGGCUGGAGUGCAGUGGUGCAGUCUCAGCUCACUGCAAACUCUUCCUCCCAGGUUCAAGUGAUUCUUCCACCUCAGCCUCCCGAGUAGCUAAGAUGACAGGCAUGCGCCACCAUGCCUGGCUAAUUUUUAUAUUCUUAGUAGAGAUGGGGUUUCACCAUGUUGGCCAGGCUGGUCUGGAACUCCUGACCUCAAGUGAUCCGUCCACCUCAGCUUCCCAAAGUGCUGGGAUUAUAGACGUGAGCCACUGCACCUGGCCUUUUAAAAAAUAUUUUCUUAGAUUGAACACUUAGUUCAUUUACCUUUAGCUUUUAUUUUUAAACAUUAAAAAUAAUUAGGCCAAAACAUUCUUUUUUUCCUCUGUGUCUGUAGACAAAGACAAAAUAUUCUUUAAAUAUAGCUUUAGCUGUGCCUCAAAAUUUGUUAUGAAGUCUAAAAUUUUGUUAUCAAAUCCAUUUUCAAUCCUGACAUGUUUAGAGAAUAUUUCUUUCUUUUUUUUUGAGAUGGAGUCUCGGUCUGUUGCCAGGCUGGAGUGCAGUGGCAUGAUCUCAGCCCACUGUAGCCUCCACCUCCUGGGUUGAAGCAAUUCUCUUGCCUCAGCCUCCCAGAUAGCUGGGAUUACAGGUGUCUGCCACCACACCCAGGUAAUUUUUACGUUUCUAGUAGAGACAGGGUUUCACCAUGUUGGCCAUGAUGGUCUUGAUCUCCUGACCUUGUGAUCCGCCCACCUUGGCCUCCCAAAGUGCUGGGAUUGCAAGCAUGAGCCACCAUGCCCGACCUAGAGAGUAUUUAUUAAUUGAAAUCUGGAUUUGGUAGUUUAUCUUUUUAUUAUAUACUUAUGAUUUUACAAGAUCAUAGUCAAUAUAGCCUGCCAAGACUCUAAUUUUUAAACGUAUCAAGAUACUUUCUUCAAGUCCAAGUUACAUAAUUUUUAAAAAAUUCUCUACUCUAAGAGAAGAGAGUAUAUUCAUUGGGUAAAGUAAUGUGUCUUAAGUCAGGCUUGUUGAUUAUAUUUCUCAAAUCUGCUUUACUUAGUUUUGUUUUUUGUUUGUUUACUUGAUCCAUCAUAUCAUAGAAGACAGAAAAUAAAAUCCCCUGGAACAAUUAUGAUUUUCUUAAACUUUUUAUUUUGAAAUAGUAAUAGAUUCAUAGGAAGUUACAAACAUAGCACAGAGCCCUGUAUACCUUCACCCAGUUUUCUCCAAUGAUUACAUCUUACAAAAUCAUAAUACAAUAUAAAAAUGUAGAAUUUGACAUUGGUACAUGGUGUGUACAUAAUUCUUUUUUGUUUUUUGUGUUUUUUUUCUGAGACGGAGUCUUGCUCUGUCACCCAGGCUGGAGUGCAGUGGUGCAUGCAAUCUCUGCUCACUGCAACCUCUGCUUUUCAAGUUCAAGUGAUUCUCCUGCCUCAGCCUCCCAAGUAGCUGGAAUUACAGGCAUGCACCACCGCACUUGGCUAUUUUUUUUUUUUUUUUGGAGACCAAGUCCUGCUCUGUUGCCCAGGCUGGAGUGCAGUGGCACGAUCUUGGCUCACUGUAACCUCCACCUCCUUAGUACAAGCAAUUCUGCUUCAGCCUCUCGAGUAGCUGGGACUACAGGUAUGCGCCACCACACCUGGCUAAUUUUGUAUUUUUAGUAGAGAUGGGGUUUCACCAUGUUGCCCAGGCUGAUCUCGAACUCCUGACCUCAUGAUCCACCGACAUCAGCCUCCCAAGGUACUGGGAUUACAGGCGUGAGCCACCACACCCAGCCUAGUGUGUGCAUAGUUCUUAUGUCAUUUUGUCAUGUGCAUAGAUUCAUGUAACAGCUAUCACAAUCAAGAUACAGAACUACUACCCCUUUAUACUCUUUUUUUUUUUUAGACAGGUUCUCACUGUGGUGCCCAGGCUGAAGUACAGUAGCCCCAUCAUCACUCACUGCAGCCUCGAACUCCUAGGUUCAGGGUUUCUUGGAACCUCUGCAGAGUCUGGAGGCUCCUCAGUGGAAACUGCAGUAUAUUCCUUCUGACCCCUGCUCGCCUCACCCCAGCAGCUCCGGUUGAGUCCACAGAUGCCAGCUUGGCUUCCAGCUUGGGGAAGAGUUGGGUUGUCAGCAGGAGAGCCUGAAGACUGAGGCCCAGCGUGAACAUGGCAGCUAAUAGGGACUCUUCCCCAUGGUCCCUGGCCCUGGCUACAGAGGGACGUGGAAGCUCAUAUGAGACAGAGUCUUGCUCUGUCAUGCAGGGUGGAGUGCAGUGGUGCAAUCUCAGCUCAGUGCAACCUGUGUCUCCCGGGUUCAAGCGAUUCUCCUGCUUCAGCCUCCUGAGUAGCUGGGAUUACAGGAUUGUGUCAUUACAGAUUUCAGUGUCAUUUGAGGAUGUGACUGUGGACUUCAGCAAGGAGGAGUGGCAGCACUUGGACCCUGCUCAGAGACGCCUGUACUGGGAUGUGACACUAGAGAACUACAGCCACCUGCUCUCAGUGGGGUACCACAUUCCCAAGUCAGAGGCGACCUUCAAGUUGGAACAAGGAGAGGGGCCAUGGACACUGGAGGGGGAAGCCCCACAUCAGAGCUGUUCAGGUGAGGCUAUUGGGAAAAUGCAACAACAGGGAAUUCCUGGAGAAAUUUUCUUCCACUGUGAGAGAUUUGGUCUCCUUGAGAGAUUUGAUCAACCCAUAGGAGAAGCUUCAUUGUGUUCCAUUUUAGAAGAACUGUGGCAAGAUAAUGACCAGCUAGAGCAACGCCAGGCAAACCAGAAUAAUCUUUUAAGUCAUGUGAAAGUAUUGAUUAAGGAGAGGGGCUAUGAACGUAAAAACACUGAAAAACUAAUUCAAGCAACUAGCAAACUUGUUCCUUCAAUUAAAAGACUCCAUAACUGUGACAUAAUUGGGAAGAGCUUGAAGUAUACUUUAGACUCACAUAAUCAUAGUACAAACAAUGUAACAAUGAACCUUGGCAAGAUUUUUGGAAAUAGUAUCAAUUUCACCCAUAGCCCUUCCUCUACUAAGAAUGAGAAUGCUAAGACAGGAGCAAAUUCCUGUGAACAUAAUCACUAUGAAAAACAUCUCAGCCACAAGCAAGCUCUCACCCACCAUCAGAAAAUUCAUCCUGGGGAGAAGCUGUAUGUGUGUACUGAAUAUGUAAAUGGCUUUACUCAGAAGUCACAUCUGUUUGAGCAUCAGAAAAUUCAUGCUGGAGAAAAGGCCCAUGAAUGUGACAAAAGCAACAGAGUUUUCCCCCAGAAACCCCAGACUGACAUACAUCCGAGUGUUUAUACAGGAGAAAAACCCAAUCUGUGUACUCAAUGUGGGAAAGUCUUUACCCUCAAAUCAAACCUCAUGACACAUCAAAAAAUUCAUACUGGGCAGAAACCCUACAAAUGCAGUGAAUGUGGAAAAGCCUUUUUCCAGAGAUCAGACCUCUUUAGACAUCUGAGAAUUCACACAGGAGAAAAACCUUAUGAAUGCAGUGAAUGUGGAAAAGGCUUCUCCCAGAACUCAGACCUCAGUAUACAUCAGAAAACUCAUACUGGAGAGAAACACUAUGAAUGCAAUGAAUGUGGGAAGGCCUUCACAAGAAAAUCAGCACUCAGGAUGCAUCAGAGAAUCCACACAGGAGAGAAACCUUAUGUAUGCACUGACUGUGGGAAGGCCUUCAUCCAGAAAUCACAUUUCAACACACAUCAGAGAAUUCAUACUGGAGAAAAGCCGUAUGAGUGCAGUGACUGUGGGAAAUCCUUCACUAAGAAGUCACAACUCCAUGUACAUCAACGAAUUCACACUGGAGAGAAACCCUAUAUAUGUACAGAAUGUGGAAAGGUCUUCACUCACAGGACAAAUCUCACCACACAUCAGAAAACUCAUACUGGAGAGAAACCCUAUAUGUGUGCUGAAUGUGGGAAGGCUUUUACGGACCAAUCAAAUCUCAUUAAACACCAGAAAACUCACACUGGAGAGAAACCCUAUAAGUGCAAUGGCUGUGGAAAAGCCUUCAUAUGGAAGUCACGCCUCAAAAUACAUCAGAAAUCUCAUAUUGGAGAGAGACACUAUGAAUGCAAGGAGUGCGGGAAAGCCUUUAUCCAGAAAUCAACACUAAGUGUGCAUCAAAGAAUCCAUACAGGAGAGAAACCCUACGUUUGUCCUGAAUGCGGGAAGGCCUUUAUCCAGAAAUCACACUUCAUUGCGCAUCAUAGAAUCCACACUGGAGAGAAGCCUUAUGAAUGCAGCGACUGUGGGAAAUGCUUCACUAAGAAGUCACAACUCCGUGUGCAUCAGAAAAUCCACACAGGUGAGAAGCCCAAUAUAUGUGCUGAAUGUGGAAAGGCCUUCACUGACCGGUCAAAUCUGAUAACGCACCAGAAAAUCCACACGAGGGAGAAACCCUAUAAAUGUGGUGACUGUGGAAAAACCUUCACGUGGAAGUCACGCCUCAAUAUACAUCAGAAGUCUCAUACUGGAGAAAGACACUAUGAAUGUAGUAAAUGUGGGAAAGCUUUUAUCCAGAAAGCCACACUAAGUAUGCAUCAGAUCAUUCAUACAGGAAAGAAACCUUAUGCUUGUACAGAAUGUCAGAAGGCCUUUACUGACAGAUCAAAUCUCAUUAAACACCAGAAAAUGCAUAGUGGAGAAAAACUCUAUAAAGCCAGUGACUGAGAAAGUCUUCACCUGGAAAUCACAACUUGGUAUGCACUAGGUAUCUAAUAGUAGGGAGGAAGAAGUGCUGAUGCUGCAAUUGUUGUGCAGGGGAAAUAGAUAUGAGAGACUGAGGCUUGAGUGAACUGAAGGCAAACAGAGCCAAGUAUCCUUCCGUCCACUGGAAAGACAAGUUUCUGCAUCACCACAGUGUAUAUGCGGUUCUAUGCAGAGGAAGAGCAUUUGAGGAAUAGUCAUAUCUGGUUACAUUGUUCAUACAAGGACUCUUGAGCUCCUAUAAACAGUAGAAUUAAGACCUGAGGAGAUGACUUGUCAUCUCUUAUGUUUCACUUUUUGGAUAAAGAACUUUUUAAAUUCAGUACCAAUUAGUUCAGCAUAUUCUGGGACAUAAAAGUACUCACUACUGGGAAAAAAACUUUUUCAAAUGUCUAGGCUGGAGAGGAGAGUUUUCAUUGUCCAAACACUAGUAGGGCACUGACAUCAAGGCAGAAAACCUCCUUGGGAAUGCGGAUAAUCUGCUUUGUCAUCAUUGGCACUUAAGACACAGAAAAGAUUCCCAUGAAGAACUGUUUUUUUCUCUUCCCUUUGGGAAGUCCUCAUGGUAUAUAUAUUUUUUAAGUGCAACAGAAUUUUUAAAUUUAAAGGUAUAACUUUAUGAAUUGGGAAACUAGGCCUAGCUCUAGCCUGUGUUACAGGAAUAUAGUCAUUGAAUGAUACAGACAUAUAAAGGUAGUGGUUGUCUCCUUAUUAAUUCCCUGCUGGGACAGCAAGUGAGUCAUACCCUAUAAGAGGUAUGCAUGCCUUCUAACCUGUGUCCCCAAAGCUGUCUUUCGUAAAAGCUGCAGGUCAUAGAUUCCUUACCCCCCAGUAACUGACACUACAACAAUGGAACUGAUCCACAGCACUCUAUAGAUGUUCAAGCUCAUCCACCAACACCCCUGCUUUCCUUGGGUUUCCUGUCUGAAAAAGAAUGGUUGAAAAACUGGGUUUCACUUCCUAAUAUUUUGUUUUUCUUCCUAUUUGGUCAAGAUAUAUUCCUUUCCUACAUGCACAUUAAGGGUAGUUUUGUGUAGAUUGCUAUGGGAUAAAGUCAUAUUGCAUUGCAAUUAGUUAUUCUAAGACAUAAUUACAGCUUAUCAUAGUUGAAUAACUGGAAGACUUCUCAAGAAAAAGCACUGCUCUUUUUUAAUACUGAUAUAUAGACACUUUCUCAUUUUCCCUUAAACAUUUUUUACAAUACUCAUAAAAAGGAACACUCUUCCUAGCAUGCAACUGUAUUUUUAUUUUAUUUUGAAAUAUUUUUAUUAAACUAUAAUGUAUACAGAAAAUGCAUGUAUCAUAAACAUACAGCUCAAUGCAUUCUCAAAAACUGAACAUACUCAGAUCAAGAAACAGAACGACCAGCACCCCAGAAGCCUUCCCCACUUUCCCUUCCAGGCAAGCCCCAAGUGUAUACACUAUCCUGGCUUCUCACAGCAUAGAUUCAUUUAGCCUGUUUUGUAUUUUACGUAAAUCGAGCCAAACAGUUAUGUAUCAUAUAAUUGAGUGAUAUACUCUUUAGCAUCUGUCUUCUCUCAUUCACAUUAUGUAUGUGAGAGUCAUCCGUAUGUUGUAUAUAGUUGUAGAUAAUUCAUUCUCAUUGUCAUGCUGUAUCCCAUUCUGUAAAUAUGCUGCAAUAUAAUUUAUCCAUUCUACUGUUUGUAGACAUGUGGGUUGUUUGCAGCUUGGGCUAUUAGGAAUUAUGUUGCUGUGUAUUGCUGAACAUAUGUAUUUCUGGUAGGUAUGUACCUAGGAGUUGAAUUUCCAGGCCAUAGUGUAUCCGUAUGCUCAGCUAUAUGUUAUAAAACCAGUUUUCAAGUGGUUGUACCAAUAUACACUCCCACCAACACAGUAUGUGAGUUCUAGUGCUCCACAUACUUGCCAACAUUUGGUAUUUUCCAUCUUUUUUAUUAUAGCCAUUAAUGGUGGGCAAAUAGUGAUAUGUCAAUUUUAGUUUUUGUUUUUAUUUUCUUGUCCUUCGAACCAUUGUAGUAUCUCCCCAGGAUAGAUGAGUGAUAGCUGAGACAUGAGACCCAGGCCUGUUCCUCACAUGACUACACCAUUUUACAUUCUCACUAUCAAUGUAUGAGGGUUCCAGUUUCUCCACAUCCUUAGAACUCUUAUUAUUAUCAGUCUUUUUUAUUAUGCCUAUCCUAGUACAUGUGAAGUAAUAUUGUGAUAUUAAUUUACAUCGCCCUAAUAAUAUUGAUCAUCUUUUGUUGAGAA